AUGGCUGAGCAAGAACAGGAUUCCGUGGCCCUAGAAGAGCGCCUUAAGUCGGCUCUUUGGCUUGAAAUUGGGAGAAUUGUGGACGAUGAAACUAUUAAACUAGGUGUCGAUGCGACUCCGCAGUUUAUAGGCGCGCUGAUGGAGAUGGUUUGGGCACAAAUAGGACAGGACCUGGAGGCAUUCGCCAAACAUGCCGGGCGGUCAACGAUCAACUUAUCCGACGUGAUGCUCCUAGCUCGGCGAAAUGAGGGCUUAGAAUCGAUAUUGCGAGCAUUCGUGGACCAAGAACUAGCAAAAGAGUAA